AUGUCGACGUUAGACAAUAAAUCUAAAUUUUUAGUUCUUAUCACUGGCCAGCUGACAACAGCUGAGUUCCCAACAUCAGACGAAUUUUACUUCAAGUAUGCAUACGUUUAUGGUAGUGAAUGGAGCCAGAUUGCUGGACUCGAAGAAGGUUUGAGCUCACGAUGUCAAAGAAACAGUUACUCACACCACCCCAUAUCGGUCGCCCUACCGAUCGAAGCAACGUUUACAUCAACCAAACCAUACGGUUGGCCUCAAGUGGUUAUAAGCUGUUAUGGAACUGACACCUUGGGGAAUGACAUUAUUAAAGGUUAUGGAGCAACACAUGUACCAACAAUGCCAGGAAGGUCCUUAAUAAAGAUACCACUGUUUGUCCCUGAACCUUCUACGCAUCUGCAGAAGUUCCUUGGUUGGAUCACCGGCAAAAGACCGGAAUUUACAGACUUCAGAGUAGUAGCUUCUAGCCAGGGAAGACUAGGUAUGGUUACGAAUGGUGUCGGUAGACGUCCAACUCUAAAAAAGAAUUCUAUUUAA